CCAGGCCGCCCCGGAAUGGACGCAACAUGGCGGAGGAGCAGCGGCGGUGUCCCGGCUCUGUUUGCCCGCAGUAAAGCCGCUUGUUGAUACCCCACGUUUUGAGGACAGGUGUUGAAGGGAUAUUUCGCGUCUUCACUGCCGGUGGGAAACAUAGUUGCGGGGUAAAAAAAAUGCAAGUGGGGAUUUCGAGAUGAGCCGACACGCAACAGACAUCCAGGAGUGCGUCCGCGCCCUGCCUCUGCCUGCGGAUCAUGUGCUCAGCUCUGGAGCAGUGUUAUUCCCUGGUGCUUUCGAUCAACACGGCUGCCCUCUGAUCGUGUUCCCGGUGGACGGGCAGGCCAAGCUCUCCUCUGAUGUCAGCAAAGCAGAAGUGGUGGACUUUGUAAACUACUUUCUGUGUCUACACAAUAAAAAGCAGGAGAAGGACAGCUUGGUUUCAGUGGUGGCUGACUUGAGGAACGCCUCGCUCACCGCCUCAAGGUUCAUCGCUGAGACUCUUCUCCUCCUUGAGCUGCAUAAGAGGACGGUCCACACCGUGUACAUGAUCCAACCCAAAAAGAAAGAUGUGGUCAAACUGCUGCUGAAACUCCUGGCCCCGUCAAAGACCUGCACUGCUUCUUUCAAGAAAGUUCUUCUGAAAGAAGUGUCGGAGCUCUCGAGCCACAUCGACCGCAGCCAGCUGACGGCAUCUCUGGGCGGCUACCUGAUCUACUGUCAUCAGAGCUGGGUCGCCUUCAUUAAGGAGAUCGAUGUGUUUGUGCAGGAGUUCCUCUCUGUGGUCCAGCGGCUGCCCGCCUGCAUCUCCACCCUGCAGGCUCUGUCCAGGCAGCCGCUGCCCGCCUCGUUCACCGAGCUGCGCGACUUCUGCUCCACCAACGAAGCCAGGUUCCUGCAGCUGAGGAGGGAGCUGGGCCUGGACGAGCUGCUGAGGCACUGCGAGCUCGUGGUGGAGAAGCUGCGUUACCCUGAGAAGGAGCCCUGCUACCAGGCCAUGGCCGGCACCGCCCUCUUCACACACACCACCUUCGAUAUGCUGCAGAACUACAGCAGGAUAACUGCAGCUGUGGAGAAAGUGGAGCUCCUGUGGCAGCAGGCCUUUUCUAAGGCCCGCAUGCAGCUGCAGGUCUUCCAGCUGCGUGAAGAAGCCCUGCAGAUCACAGAGCAGAUUGAAACUCUCCUGAAAGAAAAGCUGCAGCCUUACAGACUUGAAAUCGCCAAGGAUGCUGCAAAAGCAGAAAUGUCGGCAUCAGAGUUUGAAGCAUCCGUUUACACACCCGCCAUGGCGCUGGUUCGCUGUGCUGAGGAUGUGAUCCACACACUCGUAGAGAUUCUGCCGUUUGGUGACGGUCAGACGAGGGAGCGGUGGGUCCUGGACCUGGAGAGGCUGAAGGAGAAGCUCCACUCGGCUGUGAAGUUACCGUACCAAACCCUCAGAGCCGUUUGCAGCUACUAUCAUCACUACAGCAAGGCCGACAGAUGGUACAGUCUCGUCCUGUGUGAGAACUUCCUCCAGGAGCUCCUGUCAGGCGUUCAUUCAGGCAGCGUCCCCAGGCAGCGGCACAGGAGGAGCGGUGGGACAAUCCCUGUGUGGAGGCAGAAACUGUCUGCCUUCCUGAAGAGAAACCCUGCUCCAGAUAUGGAGGAGCUGGUUCACCUGGCUCAUCUCUCUAAUGUCAUCCCUGACAGCCGCGUUCAGCAGGCGGGCAAGCAGCUCUCCGAACGGUGUAUGACCCUCAGGAAACUUUUGAGCUGUCCUGGGGUGGUGGCAGUCGGUGACCUCCAGUUGGCUUUGCAGUGGCAGUACGACUUGUUUAGGAGUUUACAUGAAAACCAGCCCCAUGCUGACCAGGGCACAAGCAGACCAACUGAGAACGCCCAGGACAGCCUUGAUGGGUGCCAUCCUUCCACAAACUCUCACGCCAGAUCAGAGCACCGCCUAAAGGAUGAUAUACACUGUCGUAAUUCUGUUUCUGAAAUCACCAAAUGGGAGACUGGAAAGGAAGUGACCCACCAACAAGCGGUUCUUGGAGCUUCCCCCUCCAUUGCAGUUUGUGGGACGGUGUUAGCUGAGGGCAAGCCCUCGUCUCUCAGCUCAUUUGACUCGGGCUUCGAUGGAGCGGGGGGCAGCCCCCUGGACGCUGGGGGGGCAAGAGACGGAUGGGAAGGUUUGCCCAGAUUAACAGGAACCAGGGAGUCAGUCACACCUGCCACCAGGCAGCCUCAGAUUCAAGAAGAAAACCUUUCCUGUGUUUCCACUUCUGAAGAUCACAGAGACGAGUUUGACUUUGGCUCUGUGGGAAACUCCUCCAGGGCCAGCAUCCACGUAAUCCCCAGAGUUUCUGUGGAUUCCCUCAACUUUGAGAUCAAGGUAAAGCGGUCAGCUACGCUUCCCAGUAAUCCUUGGCUUAGCCUGCCUGUGGAUGACCUGGAAAACUCAUACAUUGUUACCAUUACACAGAACUCGCCAGCACAGUUGAAAGACCCAAAACGCUCUGGUUCAUCAGACAUCUACCCUAAUGCUGACCAGUCCAGCAGAUCCCGAGACCAGCCAACACAGACGGAGACAUCAGCCAGCGUGCAGUCCAAAGGGCCACGGACAAGAGAUUGGAUAUUACACUCCCAAAACAGUUUUGAGGAUCCAGAAUUGAGCCCCAUAGGUCACGUCCUGUCGAGCACCAUAACCGAUGAAAGAGAGAAGUCCAGCUUUGCUACAGAGGGGAUUCCCACUCUCCUAUGGGACUCGUAUGACCUCCAUGAUCAACAUCAAGAUGCUUGUGAUGGCACAAGUAAUUUGAUGGAUGUCUCCCUGAAGGAUUGGGAUCUAAAGGAGCAGGAGGGUCUGAGGCAGGUGGAGGAGAUGCUGGACAGAGCUGAUGUCAUAUUAGAGGAAGAAGAGAACGUUCUGGCUCAGGAGGCCAUGUUGGAUGUCCUCCUGAGGUCAGAAGGCAGAGAGAAUCAGUGGGCAUUGUGGGACAGUGAGGACCAGCUUAGUGCGAUGUCUCCCAGUGAACUGGCUGAAGCUGGUGUACUUGGUCUUGAAGACUGUCUCAUCCCUGCAGAAUCAGAGAAGCUCAUUGAACUGAAAACACCAGGUUCUCCAAGUGAAACGAAGGUCUCCGAUGAUAACGGGGACUAUAGUGAAGGCGUAACUACGGCAAGUUCAGCGGUACCCUGCAGCAGGCCGGAUCUGCUGACCGAGCUGAGGCAAGUUAACAUCCUUGACGAGCUAAUCAUGGAGGAGAACCUGAAGAUCCAUGAGCUCAGACGCUGUGAGGAAAACCCAAACAAGGAACCCCCAGGGAACAGCUCUUCUGAGGCGAUCGGGCCCUCAAGUACAAGCAAGGAGAGGCAGGUUUUCCGGCUACAACUGGAAAAGGAGAAAAGGGAGGUAGAGAGGAUGGAGAAGAGUCUCAAGAAAGAGCUGGGCCGAGAGCGUAAAAUCAAGAAGCACGGGAGCACAACCAGGAAAGUUGUAAAAUGUUCUAUAAUGGAGAAGGCGACGAAUGAGACUAUGGGGGACAGGGCGCUCUGUGACAAGCUUUUAUCAGGAAGUCGGAGCAGAAGUCAGAGCUCACAGCACUUGACAUCAACUAUCUUGGAUCAAUUUUUGACUCAGGAUACAUGUAAAACCAAAAACGCUUACAUAGAAUUAGGUCUAGACACUGCCAAAGACACAAUACCACCGGAUUUGGGUCCACCUGUAGAUUCCCUUUGUCAAGAUGAUACAGACGCAAAGUGUAAUCUGAAGGAUCUUAAUGGUUCUGGUGUUAAACCCACUGUAACUCCACAAAAUAGCACUUCUGAGCCGAAGGACUUUUCUGAAGAGGUGGGAAUACAGCCUCAGGAAUUCGUGCCUGAGAAGGAAUUGGAUGGACAAUCUGGGAAAGAUGAUACAACUUGCAAACCGGAAGCUUCCUUGACGCCUGAAAUGAGGCCUGAUGAUGGAGCAUUCGACCCAGGUGGUAAAUCACUCUUCCCUCCUGUGCCUAAACCAAGGACGGUAUCACUUCCUGUGAGCGACAACCUUGCACAACAUGAAACUCUUCAUUCUACAGAGUCGGUCAAUACAGGCGUGCCUUCAGUCUCUCAGGAUCCGGAUCUUGUGCAACUUGAUCCACCAGAUGCUCCACCAAAACCCAGAGAGCGAAAAAACAAGACUCCAGCUGACAGUCUCAGUCUAGAUGUCAAGGAACACAGCACCAAUAACAACAAUAAUAACCAUCACCUAGAUGAGAAGUGCACAGUGUUGUCCAAUAGCCAUAUUGACUCCUUCGAAAUAUCUACAGAAAGCAAAGAGAGCCCGACCUUGGUGCUAGUGUCUGCUGGUCCUCCACAGACGGUCCUUCAGGAACCAAUCCUGACGUCCGAUCCUGCAGACGAGUCUCCAAAUCCACAGUCACCAUCCCAAGUGCCUCCUGAGCUGCCUGUAUGCGACCCAGGUGGGGGAUAUGAGCUCGGUGAAGAAACAUCCUAUAGCCUUCAGAUCUCUGAAGCCACAAGGAUCUCCGCCUCCAUGUUGCCUGUGAACCAGGUCCAGCUCACCAUCAGCAGCACUAUAACAGACUUUAAGACGCCCAUAGUGUUGGACACUGGCUCUGGUUUGAUGAAAGCCGGGUUUGCAGAUCAAGACCUCCCAACGAUUAUAUUCCCAACAAUAAUCGGGCAGCCCAAAUAUGAGGAAAUCAUGAAUGGUGACCUCGAAAGGGAGACCUACAUUGGACAUGACGCCCAGCACAUGAGAGGGGUCCUGACUCUGAAGCAUCCCAUAAAGAACGGGAUAGUCCGCAACUGGGAUGAAAUGGAGAAAAUUUGGCAUCACACAUUCCAGCAGCUGUGUGUGGAUCCAGAGGAUCACCCCGUCAUGCUGACCGAGGCAGCCAUGAACCCGCUGGAAAACCGGCAGCGGAUGGUGGAGGUCAUGUUUGAGUGCUUCAAUGUCCCCUUCACGUAUGUGGCCAUGCAGGCGGUGCUGGCACUGUACGCAGCAGGUAGAUCCACAGGGGUGGUUUUUGACUCUGGGGAUGGAGUGAGCCACAGUGUGCCUGUCUUUGAGGGCUACUGCCUACCUCAUGCUGUGCAGCGCUUUCCUCUGGCUGGUGUAGAUGUUACUAUGGAGCUUAAAAAGCUCCUGCAGGAGCAGGGCGUCUCUCUGCGCACCACUGCAGAGAUGGAGAUUGUCAGGGAGAUAAAGGAGAAGUGCUGCUGCGUGGCUCUGAACUAUGAAGCGGAGCUGAAGCACGGGGGGCCGUCCAGUGCAGAGAUGCAUUACACCAUGCCAGACGGCCAGAUUAUCUGCCUCAGCACGGAGAGGUUCAGGGCCCCUGAGAUUCUCUUUAAGCCUGAGCUGAUUGGACGUGACCAGUACGGGAUGCAUGAGAGCGUUUUCAAGUCGAUCCUCGGUUCAGACAUUGACCUGCGGCGGGGCUUCCUGGGGAACAUUGUUCUGUCAGGUGGAAAUACCCUGCUGCCCGGCCUGCCCGAGCGGCUCCAGGCUGAAAUCAGAGGCAUGGUGCCUGCAGACCUGGUGGACUGCGUUCGUGUCUCCAGCCCCAAAGACAGAGACUUCUCUGUGUGGAGCGGAGGAGCAGUGCUGGCCAACCUGCCGACCUUCGCCCCCGCCUGGAUCAGUCAAGAAGAAUACGAGGAAUUUGGACCACAGAUUGUCUUCAGGAAGUGCUUCUGAGCUGGACUCGGGUCUGCAGCACCGACUCCUGUGUAACGUAUGGCUAAUAUUCUCACCCCAAGUGCAAUAUAUAGACAUAUAUAGACAUACAGCUCUUCUUCCCAGUGCCAUGGUUCUGGUCUGAGCCACUAUAAUCCCUUUAAGUGUUUGUCUUUGUCUUUUUUAAAGUAUCGGUGGCUCUUUGAAGAGUCAUUUUUAUCCUCGUCAGUGCGUCGUGUGUCCACUUGUGAUGUCCGAAUGGAAACUCUUGACACCAGCAGAUAAAUAUUACCCUGCUGUUGAGUUUAUGCCUUGACAAUUUUACUGAUCAGUAUCUGCCAGCAUGGCCAAUAUGAAAUGACUUUUGUGAAAUCUUGGUCAGGUGAUGGCAUUGUCUGUAGAAUCAUCUGGCUGGGAUUUCUUAGGUUUCCAGUCUUGGGAAUGCAUACCUCAGUCCCAGAUCUUGACCCUUCACGCUGGAUCACUGGUUUGCUGGUCAUAUGCCUCAAAACACAGCACAGGAAUAAUUUAAAUGGACGUCUCUAAAGCAUUCCUUACUGAUUGGUGUGAUAAAGGCACUAGAGCUAAUAAGAUGGUAAUCUGGAGAUGUGGAAAAUGGGCUUAAUCAUGUUUUGUUUUGUCUGCCAUCAUCUCAUUUCCAGAGUAACCAGUUGAGGGACAUACAGAAGAAAAAGGUCGAUGUACUGACCCAAAUUAAAUAUUAGUCUAAUAUAAAUCUAUAUAAAUUUUUUAAACUAAAUUUUGAAAAAGCAAAUAAUAUUUUUGUUCCAUGUAGACAUGAAAGUUGCAUUGAUUGUGAAGCUUGCAUCAGUACAGACAAUCUCAACUCCCAGUUUCAUUUAAAGAGAAAAAAAGAGAAUCAUUCCAAAUAGACCAGUCAUCUGUGGCUCGUAUCACUUCAGCAGUAUUUGAUACUCAAGGCGACCAGCCGAGUCUGUCUCUUUCUCAGUUGUUUGCUCUCUUCAGUCAGUUUUCCUUCUCGUGCAUUGAUUCUCCACUAGAGCCAAGUUAGUUUGGAGGUUUGUCCACCCGUUUUGUUGUGUGUUUUUUUUUUUUUUUUUUUUUAAAAAGAAAAAUUUAAAAAAUGAAAUGUAUGUUCUUGGUGAGUCAUGUGACACACAGUAUUGGUCUGGAAAUGCCUAUCACUGUGGUUCAGUCUGUGGAAACAGGCACUGCCAUUUGCAACUGCUGCAUGGACAAUAUUUACCCGCCGAAAUUUUGUUUGUCUGUUUUCUUGAGCUCAGUUUCUUUGCAGCUUUUGUUUACUUUCCUUAACUGAACCUCAGAGCAUUGUGUGCGUGGAUUUUUUUUUUAAAUAUGAAUUUUUUCCUUGUUUGAAUACCUGUACAGUAGUGUGUGUUGCUCAGCAUUGUGAAAGGUGUUCCAGUAGUGCCAAAACCGGUGUUUUUUGCCACCUUGAAAUGAGAGAAUUGUGAAACUUUCAUCACCCCCAUGUAUUUACUUGCUUAUUUUUUGUGUUGGUGUUUUUUGUGUUUCUCACAUUUCCUUUUGCAUGAAAUCCUGCUGCACCUUUUGCAUGUUUUUGUUUUGUCUUUUUUUUUUUGUUAAACUGAUAGUCUAAAGGCAUGGGAUUGUCGUGUGAUCUAAACCUCAGGUCUUAAGUGGAAGUAGUCAUGCAGUAUGACUGUGGGAACUCUGAGCCUUUAUGUAAGGGCAGACUGAAACUGCCCAGUAAAAGUCAGCCUGUUAGCUGGUUGUAAUCUGAAGUGGAAACGGUCCUAACCUUGUCUGGGCCUCCUUAAUGUACUGUAACAGUCUGGACUAAGUCUUGCAAUGUUUCACCUAAAUCAUGCUAUUUAUGUCAUGUCUGUUCUUCUUUUUAUAAUAAAUAUUUUAAUCCACA